AUGGCGACGACGACGACGGCAUCAACAACAACAACUGAAUUUCUGCCCGGAGACGGGGCGGAUUUGGGUUCGCAGAAGAAACUGGUCAGUGUCAGUAGUGAACAGGAACAGGAUGAUCUGGAUCUAUUCCUGAGUGAAAUCACAGUGCAAUUUGAUGAUGGAGUGCAAACAUUGUACGUUGGCCCCGUCGAGAUUGUUGUUGAUGAUGAUGAUGAUGAUGAUGAUGAUGAUGAUGAUGGUAAUGAUGACCAUGACGGCGAUGGUGACGGCAAAGGUAGUGAUGAUGCAGAAUGUGAAGUUACUCCAAAAGAUGAACGAACAACAGAGGUAGAUAGCAUGACCGAUCCUGAGCAGGAACCAAUUACAGAUGCCUCCUCCACUCCGGCCCAAGAUGACGUCACUGAACAAGACGCCGAUGUUGAUCUUAUAAUCUCAGAAGCAGCAUUAGCAUCAUUAACACCAGCCACGGUCGACGCGGCGGAAGCGACUCAACCAGAAGAAAGCAGCAGACAACAACUACCACAGCUUCCGUUGGCGUUGAUUACUACGACUACAAUUAUGACAACGACGCCGCCGCCAGCACCACCGCCACAACCGGCGAGUGAUGGUAAUAUUACUGUUGCACGGGCGGGGGGUGGGGAACCUCCCAAGGAGGCGGUAGAUUCAGCAAACGAUGUUAUUGAUCGGAAAAAUGGUGAAGAUUCGCAGACAGUCUCGAAUGAAGAUCUGAACAAACAACCAGUCCUAAGUGCGAAAACAUCUCCGCUGAAGUCUUGUUCUACAUUGCCAACAGCAGCCUCACUACCGGUCGAGAUCGUAACGUCCCCGGUGAAGAGUACGGCCAAGCCAACGGAUAUUAUUUCUCCCACCACAAAGCGCAAAGAUUCGGAAGAUCCGCAGUCUGAGUCACAGCAACAGCGGGAACAGUCACCUCCAGCAGAACCACACUCACCGCUAAAUUCACCAUCCAAGCACCCGAAAGUUGGCACGGAAGAUCCAAUCAAAGAAGAGAUCAAGCAGCUUUCUCCGGUUGUUCCAACCGCUGCUAGCGAGGAUAAUCGAUUGGUUAAGAAGCUGGAAGAGGAACAACAAGCAUCGAGGGAAGCGCAACUGGUCGAAGAGGAAGAGGAAGAGGAGAGUCCCGAAGGGGAGCUUAUUGUGCCGAACGUGAUAGUGCCCGGAACGUACGAUAAGGAUUCUUCGCCAGCCGGCAGCGAUAGCGGAAACGAAAAUGAAGGUACGGAUCUGAGUAAGAUUGCCUCACAGGAAGAGGAAGAAUCAGAGUUGACACUGGACGAGACUGUAAAGAACAUUCCAGGGAAAAUUAUCGUAGGCGGAAGCGACGACGGCCGAUCACCAUGUGCGACGGCAACGCUACCCGCCAUUACCCCCGCGGAAUAUUCAGCCAGAGCAGCGGCCGUCAUUUCCGAAGCCGUAGAGGAGGAAGACGUUGAAGUAACCGCUACCAAUGUUUCCGGUGAGUGCGAUCCUCGUCCGGACUUCAAACCCAUCAAUGAUCAACCGGACGAAAUCAAAGUGAAAACCGGUCAGGAAGACGAAGAACAAAUCAAGCUGACAGAUUAUCUUCGUUGUAGUAUAGUAUAG